GAUUUAGACGCUUCGUUUCCAAGGACGGAAUCCCGAUGCAAUGGGAUGACAUGUGCACACCAACGGACCGAGAGGUCGCCACGACUUGACCGACUCCGGUACGGUGCACGUGAUCACUACCUCCACGUCAGUCUGGUCGUACAAAAGUAAAAUUGAAUCGCCUUGCUUUUUGACUAUACCCCAUCCCUCGAACAUGCUAACAACACCGCUACUUGCAUUGACACUUGCUCUCAUUCCAUCGCUGGUGACGGCGGCGAUAUUUCCGGAAGGUACCACCGUGAAGAUGUUGGACGCGAAGGGUUUCAAGAAGGUAAUGAAGGCGAAUGAAACGAGCAUGAUAGCAUUCGUCGCGCCUUGGUGUGGGCAUUGCCAAAAGAUGGCGCCAGAGUAUAGCAAGGCUGCUAAAGCACUGCAUCCUCUGCUUCCCACGUAUGCUGUCGAUUGUGAUGCUGAGAAGAAUAAGCGGUUGUGCGCGGAACAGGGAGUACAAGGUUUCCCUACAGUCAAGCUCUUUCGCCGAGGCGACCAAAUGCCGCCAAUAUCCUAUAACGAUGGUGAACGCAAGGCUGGUGCCUUCUUCUACUGGGCCUCCCAAAGAGUUCCUCGCUUCGUCAAGAAACUUUAUCACGUGGAAGAGCUGAAACCCUGGAUUGAGGAGUCCGCUACAUCUCCAAAACCUCGGGCAUUACUGGUGACCAAAGAAAAGGAUAUGCCGCUCCUCUGGAAGGUCCUUGCAAACAAAUACUCGGGCGACAUCGACUUUGUAAUCCACCGGAAUCGCAAGGGCAAAGGUUCGAGGGCCUUGGGAUACAAGUCAGCAGAGAAGAUUCCCUUGGUGCUCAUUUACCCUCCAGGAGAAACAAGGGCGAUUCGUUAUGAUGGCCCAAACAAACUGGAACCCCUCUCGAAGUAUUUCGACACCAUUGUGGAUGGCACGGUCGAUUGGAGUAUUCCUGAAGAACCCACCGUCGAGGAAGAUAUGUCGGGAGAAGAUGCAAGCACGUUCGAAGCCGAAACCGAAGCGGAUGAAAUUGUGAUCGAUAGUCCCGCGACACCGACAGCGUCAGAACCUGAACCCGAACCUACGGAGGAAGGGGUAGAGCCCGAGCCUGAGGUUGUUGGGGAGAGUUUGACUGCUGAGCCGGGGGAGUCUGCUCCUGAGCAGACUGUGGUAGAGAUUGUCACUGAGGAACCUGAGGAGGAGGAGGCAGAGUCGCCAGAAAUCGCGGAUGACGCAGAGACGGAGCAAGUCGUGCUAGACACUCCGGGCGAGCCACGUCCCGUCGACGAGCUCUAAUUUUUUUUUUCUUUGUGGAACGUUUGUAGGAUAAUAAUCUAAGAUCAAUAUUAUUAUUGCUGAUAAAGCCAUCGACUACGUAUAAAUUACACUAAGUUAUUGAAAUUGAUCUGCUCCGUCG